AUGGCUUACAAGCAGUUUAGUUGGAGAACUGCUCGUAGGUUCUAUUCAGCUAAUAAACAUUUGAGAAAUAGUAAAGCAGUAGAAUUAAGUAGAACAAGGAAUAUUGGAAUAAUUGCGCAUAUAGAUGCUGGCAAAACCACGGUAACAGAAAGAUUACUAUACUUGGCAGGAACUACUAAAUCUAUGGGAGAUGUAGAUUCUGGUAAUACCGUAACUGAUUACCUAGAUAUAGAGAGAGAAAGAGGCAUCACAGUACAAUCAGCUUCCGUUGCUUUCAAUUGGAAUAAUCACAAAAUAAACUUAAUAGAUACUCCAGGGCAUGUAGAUUUCACAGUCGAGGUUGAAAGAUGUGUUAGAGUUCUAGACGGUGUUGUCACUAUCAUCGAUUCGAACGCUGGUGUGCAGGCUCAAACUUUAACUGUUUGGAAACAGGCUUCCAAGUUUAACUUACCAUCAAUCUUUUUUGUUAAUAAGGUUGAUAAGAAAAACUGUAACUUCAACAGUGCUGUUGAUUCCAUCGAGCAAAGAUUGGGGAUGAAAGCUUUGAUAACCAUAGAGCCUAUGGAACCGAAAGGUCAUAUUUCUAGUAUAAUAGAUGUUCUAAAAGGAAACGUUUUAACGUUAGAUAAGAGUUCCAAAUGGAAGAAGAUUGAGAAAUCGACAGCAGAGUGGGAGAAACUUUGUAAAGCAAAAGAAAAUUUACUGUAUGGAAUUGCUGAUUUGGAUGAAGAUUUCAUGUCCUUGUUCUUGGACAAAAAAAGUGGAAAUGUUGAUAGUAUUGCACAAGAGGACGUUCUCAAUGCUUUGCGGAAGCUGAGCUUUUCACGAAAAGGAGUUGUGGUCUGUGGUGGUAGCGCUCUUAGAAGUCCUCAAAGUGUUCUACCGCUUUUAGAUAGUACUAUAGCGUUUCUACCUUCCCCUGAAGAACAAGUAGAACAACUCAGAUCUGUUUUCCAAGAUGAGUUCUCAGCUUUAGUUUUCAAGAUUUUACAUGAUAAAAGAAAAGGACAGUUGAGUUACGCUCGCGUUUAUACUGGAGAGUUGAAAAACAACACCUCCGUCUAUAAUCCUAAUCGCGAAGUCUCUGAAGGACCCCUUAGGCUAUUUGAACCUCAAAGUGAUGAGUUGAUCUCGAAGGAUACUAUACGUACAGGGGAUAUCAUUGUUAUUUCUGGACUAAAGCAUACAAAAACAGGAGAUACAUUGUUAUUAAGUGAGAGUACAUCGAGGAGGGCUUUGGAGAAUUUGAACUCUUCAUCUAUCAACCAGCAAUACUCUGUUUGUAAAGAAGGAAGCCAAGCCGUUUUCUCUGGAAUUGACUUCCCAGAGCCAGUGUACUUCUGUUGUAUCGAACCUCCAACAACAGCCUCCAUUCAUGAAUUUGAAAAAGCUCUGUUAGAACUAAGUGUUGAUGAUCCUUCUUUAAAAGUUCGAAGAGAGUCAGAUACUGGCCAAACUGUGAUUGAAACAAUGGGGGAGCUUCACCUUGAAGUAAUAAAGGAUAAAUUCAAGCGAUUUUAUGAUCUAGAAGUUUUCCUCGGACCAUUGCAGAUAGCUUACAGAGAAUCAAUUCAAUUUUCAUUGGAGCACACAGCGUGUGUAGAGGACGUACAAGGCGACAAAGAGAGAAAUCAUACUGCCUCAAUAACUCUAGUGGUGAAGCCUACUCCCAAUCAAGGAGGUUUCAAAAAUAUCACUCUCGAUUUACCUCCUGGGACGAGGCAUCCAAGACCAGAGUGGCUCAAAGCAAUUAAAGAGGGAUGUUCUAAUGCUCUUCAUAAUGGCCCAAUCUUAGGUUUCGCCGUUCAAGAUGUUUCAGUAUCUCUAAGAGAACUGACUGCCAGUGGAGGAAAAGUUAAUCCAGCAAUCAUAUCCGCUUGUGCUCAUAAGUGUGUCACCGAAGCUCUAUCACUUGCAGGAGCAUAUUUAGUUGAGCCUGUCAUUCGCACCGAAAUAACUUUAGAGGGAGGAGAAGGAAUGCAGAAUCUUUUACAGGAUCUGUCUCGAAGAAGAGCUCAAAUUGAAAAGUGUGAAGGAGUUUCAGGGAGCCAGUCUCUUAUUGUUGCUAGUUUACCGUUAGCAGAAAUGCAAGGUCUUUCAAGUGUCGUCCGCAUAUCAACUUCGGGCAUGGGCUCACUUUCAGUACAGGUUGCCGGUUAUUCAACUGUAUCGGAACAAGAGCAAUCGGCCAUUGUAGCUAAGCUUACGGGUAAGUGGUAA